AUGCGCGUGGCCAACCACAUCGCUGAAUGGCUCCGAUACUCGCGAUACUCUCAUUUACUCGGAAUCGCGCAGCUCAUGUGGCUUGUGCUGCUCAUUGCCCACUACAUGGCGUGCUUCUGGCAUGUCGUGACCACGGAAAGCAACGCCAACGCCAACGCCAACGGCGCUCUGAGUCAAAAGCAAUCGGUACUGGAGCAGUACGUAGCGGACUACUAUUACGCCGUCAGCCUUAUUCAGGGACAAGGCGGCUCCUUUGGAACGUGGGGUGAGAACUUGUACUCUUCGGUCGCCAUCAUCGUCGGCUCCGUCAUCCUCGCCAUCGUCUUCGGCAACGUCGCCAUGCUCGUCUCCAACUUCAACGCCAACACCACCAACUACCACCGCAAGAUGGAGGCCCUCCGCGAGCGCGUGAACGAGUACUACACCCACGUGUGGCUCGAGUACGAGGCGCUGGACGGCAACAUCAACAAGUUCCAGCAGGAACUGACGCACACGCUGCGCAUCGAGAUCGGCCUGUACAAGUUCAUGAACCUGGUGGUGAAGAUCCCGUUCUGGGAGGACUGCACGCCCGACUUCUUGACGCAGAUCGUGCUGAGUCUCGGGGUGCGCGUGUACAUGCCGGACGACUACGUGGUGCGUCGCAGAGAGAUCGGCAGCGAGAUGAUGAUGAUCAACCUGGGAUACUGCAAACUCUCCAAGCCCAUGAAGCACAACGAAGACAAACCAUCGAGAGGCCCGACAUUCCGCGUGUAUCUCAACCCAGGGACAGCGUUCGGGGAAAUGAGUCUGCUCAUGAACUACAAGCGCCAGGCGAACGUUCGACCCGUGACGUUCGUCGAGAUGUGCGUCUUGGAUCGCUGUACCUUUCAGAGGAUCAUCUCGCGGUACCCUGAAGACCGACGGCGUGUACUCACCCGGAUGCUCCAGAGCUGCAUCGAGAAGAAGGAGAUCCCGCGCUGCAACGCACUCAUAGUGGCUUGA